UUUUAUAAAUACCGACCAUUGGACAAGUCUUAAUACUCAUUAGUCAAACGAGAUCUCAGAGGAAGAUAGCUUGGAGAAUAUAUUUGUUCAAAGAAGAAAAAUGGGCAGACUCUCAUGGAUUCCAACUGUUCUUUUUGUCAUCCUAGCCUUGAUCUUUGCCAUUGAUAUUGCUUUGGCUCAAAAGGAUCAGAAUGCUGGUGCAAUCGACCACCCUAAGGGAGAACAGGGAUCACUCCGUAGUGAAGAUUGUCCAGAGGCAUGCAAGUAUCGAUGUUCAACAACUUCACAUAAGAAGCCAUGCAUGUUCUUUUGCAAGAAAUGUUGCGCCAAGUGUCUUUGUGUUCCAUCGGGCACAUAUGGACACAAGGAAGAAUGUCCCUGCUACAACAACUGGAAGACGAAAGAAGGCGGUCCCAAGUGCCCAUAAAUUAUGGCAAACCAUUGAUUUAAUUUGAGAAGAAAUGUUUCCUUUUAUUUUAUUUUUUCCUUCUCCUUCUUCUGUUUUUUUACGCCAGGCAUCUCAUGGUUUUAAAAUUAUUAAUGGAAAAAGUCUGUAGACGGCCUUUUUUUCUAGAGCAA